AUGACGCCCAAUACCAGCUCGUUCUGGGGCAAUCUUGCUCCUAACGACCAGGCAGCAUGCUUUGAUCCGCGUUCCAAGCCGGCCUUGAAUUUCGGAUCCAAAAAAGCCUGGGCUGUUCAGGGUCCUCUGCAAAAGGGCUGGAACGGUCAGAUUCUCCCUAAGAUCAUCGAAAUCGCGGGCUAUGACAAUGUACGCGCGAUCAUAUUCAAAGGCUUGAAAGAUGUGUCAGUGACUAUCACGUGGUCUUGCUAUCUGAUUGGAAAGCACCCGGAUCUUCAAAUUCUCCAACCGACAAUUAUCGCGAAAGCCGGGAAUGAAUACGUUGCAAAGAACGCCGCCAGGUACUUCCAAAAGUUGAAAGAUGGAUCAUUACGGUCUCUGCUCGGAGGUUUCAAGCUCUCCUAUGCCAAAUCUACGGUAUCCCUGUGUGGGGAUGAAGAACCGCCAGAAUGUGAACGUUUCGAGCGGCACAAGAGCGUGACCCAGAGUGAAGGCAGGAAGUUCAACCUCUGCGGUGCGCACGUCCGGAUUUCAGUCGUCACUGCUGAUUCUGCUUUGGAUGACAACCGCGUUUUGAAAGAUAAUCAUGCUACUAUUGGUGGUGUUAUUCGCGUUGACGGGCGCUACUACGCUGUCACAGUUGCUCAUGUCUUCCAACCUGACGCAACCCAUGCCCCGUCACCUAGCAUUUCCAGUCUGCGAGAAGGCGGUUCAAGCCCACGGUAUCUUUCUCAGAGUGUGGCAGGAUACGCUGUGGCCCUAGAUGAAGGCCACCAACCAUGUAUUGGGCCUUUCACUGGCCGGUCGAGAGUCGUAAAUGAACAAAAUCUUUUCGAAGGCGGUAACAGCAAUCCAAUAGCAUCAAUUAUCUGCAACCGUGAGAAAGACUGGGCACUUAUUCCAAUUACCAAUGAAGUCUUCCAGACCAGCAACUCGGUAUCAUCUGAGUUUCUCCCUCGAAUAACUAUCCGCAAAUUCAAAGACACGCUUCCUGGGAGCCAUGUCAUUGCCAUUUCAGGAGUCUCUGGGUGUCAUACUACAUCCUUUGAACCAAAUGCUUCAGCAAUUCUGCUCCCCCAAAGUCAGAAAAUCCAACUGACAUGGUGUUUACGAGGAAAUAGCCUACCCGGAGACUGUGGAUCGUGGGUGAUUGAUCAGCGUGGUCGAGCAUAUGCAAUGAUUGUUGCGACAAAUUCACAGUCAGAUGAAACAGUCUGCAUUCCGCUAUCCGGCAUCAUGGACGAUAUCCAGGACUUUUUGAGUUUAACACAUCUUCCCGAACUACCGCUGCAUGAUGCCUGGAAUAUCUCAAUGGCCAAUUUUUCCGGCGAGCAUAACGAUAGUACCGAGACAGACGAUGAGAGUUCGGACGUGGAAAGGCUGGAGAUUGUUGGUUCGCACGUAGAAAAUGGAGACACCCUUGCGAGAGAUGAUCAUUUGCAUAAGGAGGACAGCUUAACGACGGACCCUGAGUCUGAAAAACGUGGCAGGCCUCCCCAUUUGUCAUCUGGGCAAACGAAAGCUGUGCGCAGCAGUGUGCUCAUUGACGGCAAAUCUUUCAAAAUCCGCGAAAUUACUUCAGCGGACCUAUCCGGGGUUGUCCAAGACCAGCUGCUCUCAGAUCAAAACAUUUAUCUACUUGUGGAAACGCCAAACCUAGAUCAGGAAAAAGACGAUACUAGUGUAUCUCCAGGGCAUAAGCACCAACAGAGCAGCAGGAAGCAAGAUCACAUGGGCAGUAGCGAGCAGGGUACGCAUGCAGGUCAUGUUGGAGGAAGCGAUGCUCCCAACCAGCCUCGUACCGCAGAACCCAUUAAAGUGCCAGAGGAACCGGUCGAUCCCACAACAGUGGCAGUCGCUAUAGCCAGCAGGAACUUGGAUCAUCAAUUUGAAGCCUCUCUUCGAGACCUCCUAAUGGAGGCUGGUUGCGAUGUUCAACUGGCUCGAGACAUCAUGAAGGCUCAUUCUGAGAAGGAAGAAGAGAUCCGACAAUCCUCACUUGCAUUGCCAAAGCGUACAGUUAUGAGACGGGGAACCGAGGCGAAAACCCGUCCCUCGCUGGGUAGGGCUCGCGAUGAACCUAAUAUUCACGAUAGAGGGUCACAGUUGAAUGAGAGGGCAAUGGAGAAAGGGACAGAGGUUUCUUCACGCCAACUCGAGGCAACAACUCAACGAAAGGCUUCUUCUUUUGCUGCUCUCGGAGGCGCGGAGGUGGAACGACAGGAUGAAGAUAUCUUACCGGAUAGAGGCCCUAAGCUCAAACAAAAGAGGCUCGUAUAUGAUCGAGCGAGUAGUCAUUUGGUGUAUGCUUAA